AUGCCGCGCCGUGUGAUGCGGGGCACCGUGGUCGGCGACAAGGCGGAAAAGACCGUCAUCGUGCGGGUCGACCGCCGCGUCAUGCACCCGCUCUACAAGAAGGUCGUGCGCCGCUCCCAAGCGCUACGCCGCGCACGACGACGGCAACAAGCACAAGGCGCCCAAGCUCGAGAAGAUCAUUCUCAACAUGGGCGUGGCGAAGGGGUGACCGACAACAAGAAGAUCGGGGCCGCGGUUCAGGACAUGACCCUGAUCGCGGGCCAGAAGCCGAUCAUCACCAAGGCGCGCAAGUCUGUCGCCGCGUUCAAGGUGCGUGCCGGUAUGCAGGUCGGCUGCAAGACGACGCUCCGCCGCGAGAGGAUGUACGAGUUCCUCGACCGGCUGAUCACAAUUGCGCUGCCCCGGGUGCGCGACUUUCGCGGCCUUUCCGGGCGCGCGUUCGACGGCCGGGGCAACUAUGCGCUAGGCCUCAAGGAGCAGAUCGUCUUUCCCGAAAUCGACUACGACAAGGUCGAUCAGGUGCGGGGUAUGAACGUCGUCAUUUGCACGACGGCGAGGACCGAUGAUGAGGGCCGCGCGCUGCUUGCCGGCUUUCAGAUGCCGUUCGUCGGCCAGUGA